AUGAGCGUAGCAGUUUUCAUUCAGUGUUCGGAAGCCAAGCAGGUUUCUGAAUUGAAAAAGUUUCUGAAGAGCUAUGGCGCUAAAGGCUUGGACAACACGGAGUGCAAAGAUAACACCUGGCCUGAUGAGCUCAUAAAGUGUAUUAAACAUCUGGACAUAUGUUGGAAAGAUGAAACUGUUGCUGAAGCUGAUGCCAAUGAUGUUCUUACAAGCGUUGCCUCAUUGUUCAUACAACUACCGCCUACUAAACUAGUUGAUGCAGUUCAUCUUUUGUGUGAAAAACUACUAGAUUUUACCGGUGAAAAUACACGAAGACAUAAGAGCAAACUUUUCCCACUAAACCUUUUGUUUUGCGGACUUAAUCCGAAGAGUCAUCCUCGUUAUGAGAUAUACCUCGCGUUAAUUGAAUGUGCAGAAAAAUUAGGUGUUCUUAACCAAGUGAUAACAGAUCCAAAAAAGGUCGCUUCUUGGUUAACUGAAUGCAAUUGUACAGUUGAAGAAUACCAAAAAGUUUGGCAAAGGCUAUAUGAUGCACACAUGACAUUGGGUGAAAAUAGGAAGGCUAUUGAAGCAAUGAUCUAUCUUCUGUCUACAUAUGACGAGACCACAGCCAUUCAUGCAAGAAAGAAUGCAAUCAAAUGUAUCAUAUCUGUACUGCAAGAUCCAUCAUUGUUGUCCCAUGACCAGUUGUACACACUUAAACCUGUUCAGUAUUUGGAAGGAGAACCUGUCCAUGAUUUUUUCAAAAUAUUUGUAUCAGGAGAUUUGAAUACAUUUAAAAAGUUUCUGGCAAAACAUCCCAACUUUCUUAAUCAGAAUAACUUGAAUGAAGAAGCUUGCAUUCAUAAACUUCGAUUGCUAACACUUAUGCAGUUAUCAGAGAAUCUUAGUGAACUUAGUUACAGUGAGGCUGCAGCUCAUUUAAAUCUUGAAAUUGAAGAAGUGGAACCGUUUAUAAUUGAAGCUGUACGUCAAAGAGCUGUUGCAUGUAAACUUGAUCAAGUUCAAAAGAAAAUUCUCAUCACUGGAGCUUUUCCACGUACAUUUGGUCGUCCUCAAUGGAUUAAUCUACAUGAUACACUAAUUCAAUGGAGAUCUCAUCUUGGUACAGUACAGUCUAGUUUAAGUAUGAUGGUUCAAAAUAAAGUUCAAUGA